AUGAGGUCUCGUCGCCGUAAUAGAAGGCGCAAUCCACGGGUUACCUGUGCCCGCGCCGCGUCCCCCCUCGUUGGCCCGCCAUGCCUUGGAGUGGGGAGCUGCCGCAUCCGCCAGCAUUCCUCCCCUCCGCGUUCGCAUUCCUCCUCUCCGCAUCCGCCAGCAUUCCUCCCCUCCGCGUUCGCAUUCCUCCCCUCCGCGUUCGCAUUCCUCCCCUCCGCGCUCACAUUCGGCCCAUCCGCGCUCACAUUCGGCCCAUCCGCGCUCACAUUCGGCCCAUCCGCGCUCACAUUCGGCCCAUCCGCGCUCACAUUCGGCCCAUCCGCGCUCACAUUCGGCCCAUCCGCGCUCACAUUCGGCCCAUCCGCGCUCACAUUCGGCCCAUCCGCGCUCACAUUCGGCCCAUCCUCGCUCACAUUCGGCCCAUCCGCGCUCACAUUCGGCCCAUCCGCGCUCACAUUCGGCCCAUCCGCGCUCACAUUCGGCCCAUCCGCGCUCACAUUCGGCCCAUCCUCGCUCACAUUCGGCCCAUCCGCGCUCACAUUCGGCCCAUCCGCGCUCACAUUCCUCCCCCUCCGUUCUCGCAUUCCUCCCCUCCGCUCUCACAUUCCUCCCCUCCGCUCUCACAUUCCUCCCCUCCGCCUCCUCGCUCACAUUCCUCCCCCUCCUCGCUCACAUUCCUCCCCUCCUCGCUCACAUUCCUCCCCUCCCCCUCCGCGCACACAUUCCUCCCCCUCCUCGCUCACAUUCCUCUCCCUCCGCGCUCAUAUUCCUCCCCUCCGAGCCCCUACCCUCCCCUCCGCCCUCACAUUCUUCCCCUCCGCGAUCGCAUUUCUCCCUUCUGCCCUCACAUUCCUCCCCUCCGCUCUCACAUUCCUCCACUCCACCUCCUCGCUCACAUUCCUCCACCUCCUCACUCACAUUCCUCCACCUCCUCACUCACAUUCCUCCCCCUCCUCACUCACAUUCCUCCCCCUCCUCGCUCACAUUCCUCCGCCUCCGCGCUCACAUUCCUCCCUUUUCCCUACGCAUUCGCAUUCCUACCAUCCGCGCUCAUAUUCCUCCCCUCUGCGCUCACAUGAUUCCUCCCCUCCGCGCCCCUACCCUCCCUCCGCCCUCACAUUCCUCCCCUCCGCGCCCUUACCCUCCCUCUGCCCUCACAUUCCUCCCCUCCGCGCCCCUACCCUCCCUCCGCCCUCACAUUCCUCCCCUCCGCACUCACAUUCCUCCCCUCCACGCUCACAUUCCUCCCCUCACUAG